AUGAACUCAGAACCAAAGCUACAAGAGAUGGGAGAAAAAUUGCAGCCAAAUGCGGGACUACCACUGAAAAUACUAAACAUGGGCAAACUACUUUCGGGUAAAGAUGUGACUACAGAAUUGGUUGCUCUGUGGGUGGCAGAGGGCCUCGUGCCUCUUGGGGAUGACCAAGAAUGGCCACCAGAGCUGGUAGUAGAAACGUACUUGACUGAGUUGAUAGAUCUCGACAUGGUUCAAAUUGCUAAAAGAAAACCCAAUGGCAAGAUCAAAACAUGUCGUGUCCCUGAUGGUUUGCGUCAAAUCUUCAAAUCCACUGAAUCUAGAAUUCCUGAAUUGCAGGUGCUUGAUCUAGAAGGCGUGUACAAGCCCAAGUUGCCCAAAGACAUUGCAAAACUUUCUGGAUUGAGGUAUCUUGGCCUAAGAUGGACUUAUCUAGAGUCACUUCCGUCGUCUAUAAGUAGCUUGCUGCAACUCCAGACUCUAGAUCUGAAACACACUUACAUACAAACUCUACCAAGCUCAAUCUGGAAAAUGAAACUGAGACACUUGUUCUUGAGUGAGAGUAACCGCACCAGAUUUCCAUCCAAACCAAUAGGUAUCGACAUAGGUCGUUCUCUACAUGACCACCAAACGUUGUGGGGAGUUUUUGUAGACGAAGAGACUCCUGUCAAGAGUGGUUUGGACAAAUUGGUCAAUAUCACUAAAUUAGGAAUAACAGGCCAAUCACAGAAGUUGGAGCAAUUAGAGGAAUGGAAAAUAGAGCAGAAAUCACUUUCCUCUCUGAGACAACUGGAGAUCCGAAUAUGUCCGCGCAUGAAAGUGCUUCCUGAUGGAUUAAAUCAUGUUAACAGUCUUCUUGAGUUAGUUGAAGUUGAGAAACAUGUCAAUGGAAAUUAA